CCCAUUUUACACCCGAUUAAUAUGUUCUAAACAAAUAAGUAAACUAGAUCAUAUCCUAAAAGUUGCAUGACCUAGUUUCGUAUUUGUUAGAGCAAAGGGAUACUUGGUCGGAAUAAGCAAAUGUUUUUGUUGUAGGGCGUUGAAAAAGCAUUCCCUUUGCUAUUCACCUGAGGGAGUUCACGAGCAUUCACGUGACUUGAGGUGGUGUUGGCAUAACACAGCAAGGAAACAAGGUAAAAAAUUACUUCCUUGUUCGAGUGACCUUAAAACAUAUAGAAACAUGCAGCUCGGUUUGAAAGGAAGUGAACCAAAACACAAGCCUAAAUGGUAGACUACCCCUAUAUCUCUUCUGCGUCGAAGCAGGAAAGUUUCGUGCACGGAAAUCAGUAACUAAGGCGGGAAGGAACUACGCACAAGUUUGAAGUGGUUUUCAGUAGUUAUACAGAUCUGUCUGUCUUCGGCUUUCGAUUCUCCUGAAGAAGACAUAGAAUUCGAUCAAGUCGCUGAAGUUUCUUUUGAUUCAGGGCAGCAACGAUAUACUUGGAUUAAUCCUCAGGUCGGUAUAAAGAUGGCAAACUAUCAAAUGUCAACAAUUAUGGACGCCUACAGGGAUAUUGCCUGGUCGUCAGAACAGCUGACUAUGCGGGAAUUCAUUGACAGGUACAGGGAGAACUUACCCCAGAUCAUCAUGGUUACGCAGGGUUUCUAUGGCAACUCCGAGGUCGAGACAUUUGCCGCUGAUCAGAUACUGCGCAUACACACAAUCUCGACCCAGCGCCGUGUAAUUGCUACGGACUCUAGAGGGCGCUACUUGAGCAUCCCGUGUGAUUUCCCACUCAAAUUUGAGGUACUCAACGACCAAGGGAAACCUGUCGGAAAAAGCCGCUUUUUCCGCGACAUAGUAGAAUGUUGCCGGAUGCCAGUAAAAGUGAGAUUUGCACCCGAAAUGGCCGGAAUAGACUUUCAGAUCGACUCCACAACAAAAUCAACAGACAGUUUUGGAGUCUUCGAAGUACGAGAAUUCUUUACCGAGAAAUAUUUCAAAGCUAAUACAAUAAAUGGAAGUGUUAUCCACUCGAAGAUUAUCGUCAUCCCUCUCUACGUCAAUAUUUCCAUUUGUGUGGCGACGGGCAUGGCCAACGGUGACCUUGACCUAUGGCACAACCUCCAGGCGGCGUACACGCGCGCGCUGAAGGGUAUCGACUUCAGUCAGGUGGAGGGAAAUAUAGACAUAACCAUGUACGAGGAUCGCGAAUUUCAAAGAGGUGCCGUGAAGGGAAGGGGCGACGACAAGCUGUACGAUUACAUAGAGCCGCGCCACUACGUCAAACUCAACUACAAACAAACCGGACCGGAUACGGAUAAAGGGUACACACUUAUCAGUCCGCCAGAGAAUGUAGUCCGCCACAUACAGCGAUCAAAACGGCCUCAAAACAACGUCGAGAUUCCAGUUAACGUGUACGAAUCGGUGGAAGAAAUUGAGGCCAGAGAAAGAAAAGAAGCCGAGGACGAAGAACCGCCCCCGGAAUUACCCGAGCAGCGACACCACCGGAAGCCUCCGCCUAUUCCGACGUCAGACGGCGGGCAGAAGAGUCCCACGAAAACAGCCGAGAGUUCCACGGAAAAGACCGAAGUGAAAAAAGGGCUAGCGGCCGAACUGGCUGCCAUACUGGCAGGAGGAUUAAAGCCGACCAAAAACAAACCUCUGGUAUCGCCGAAACCCGCGCAAAAACCGUCGACACCGCCAGUUUCAAAGCAAAGCAGUGUCAGCACGGUUGAGGAGACGAACCCUCGAUACGGACCCACUCCCACGCGCGAAGAUCGGGUGUACGAGGAACUCUCGGAGGGGCCACCCUAUGUGAACGACAUCCCCCGCGGGACGGUGAAGCCUUUCCAGCCCCCCGUCUCGAACUCAACUCCCCCCGUGGUUGACCUGCCAACUAAACCGCCGGUGGUCGAGUUGAAGAGAUCGGACUCACAACCGUUCAAAGACGAAAGCUCUUCCGACCCGGUCUACCAAAGCUUCGCGGAAAUUCCGCAUGACGUCACUUCCCUUUCAAUAGACGAAGUCGCCAGUUGUCUGAAGGUGUUGAAAAUGGACCAAUAUAUUCCUGCGUUCAGAGAUAACGAUAUUGACGGGACCCUUCUGGCGGCAUUGGAGGAAGACAUACUGCAGGACGAGUUUGACAUGAAGCCUUUUCACGCGCGGAAACUGAUGCAGUUUGUACGUGGAUGGAGGCCCCAAUAACAUAUUCAUGGUUUCUACUUUUAUGAGAAAUAUCACUGUCCCUCUGCCUCUAAAGGCGCUCGACACUUUUUGAAUGCAGCAGCCUAUCUCAGUGUGUAUAUUGGCGUCCUAAAUAACUAAUUCAGUCUACUUUCUUGAAAGUCAAAAGGGAACAGCAAAAUGGUAUACAAAAUAGGCAAGUGCUUCAAGCGUGCGACAAAUGAAAACCAAAACUUGGUAUAGAAAACCAUCACAUGGUCAGGGAAUGAAAACCAGAACCAACCACAACCUACUACGCACGCGUGUGCAAGUGUGCUUGUAUAUAUAUAUUUUUGAAAACCAUGUAGUGGAAAGAUGAACAUUAUCGGCUUUCCUGUUUCUUGAGGCAAUCGGCACCAUCGAUUCUACAUGUAGUAUUUUGAUUCUUCAGUAUUGGCAUUCGUCAUUAGGGAACAGCGCCCUAACAAAGUAUGACAAUUUGAACGUUUUUCAAAAUACCUUUUAAAGCUCUGAAAGACGACAUUCGCUAACAAAACACUUAUUAUUUACCCAGGACUACCGUUCCUGUCACACUGGCAACUGUGCAAAUCUCUCAAGGCAGUCUAUACCUCGUGUAUAGAAUGUUCGAGAUUAAACCCAAGAUGUAGGUAAUUUUGAGCUUUGUUUUUGACGCAGGUAGCAAGAUUUUGAUAUCCAUGGAUAAUUUAUGCCCUUGAAAGUGUAAUAACGGCCAUUGUGCCACGGUAUAUUUAAUCACACAAUUUAUUUACCCCUGAAGAGUUUAUAUACAUGUACGCCAAGUUUUGAACGCUACCUGUAUGCUUUAAGAGAAAAUGCGCAUAGUUGGGAUUUUGCUUGGCUGGCAACGAUCUGAUGCCUUAAGCUUGUGGCUCAAUUUCGAGCGCUUUGUGGUUGAUUGUCAUUUUCUUUACGGUGGAUUUAAUUUCAGAAAUAGUUUUAAAUCGUGCAUAUAAUUUGCUGUGGUACGGCAUUUUGCUCCUGACUGUAACUUCCACGCGGCCAUGAUGAUCAUGUUUCAAAACUGCUUGAGGUUAUCAAUCGACAUUUGUCCCGUGUAUUCAAGAAAUCAGAGUCUCUCUCAGACUGACUGUAGUGUUUAAGGGGUUCUUCGUCCGAUUUUGAAAAAACAAAAAAGAUAUGGAAUUCUGGCAUUGCCUACAGCUGUACAUAGUGGGUAAUAUUUGGGCAACUAUUUCACAUCAGUUUUAAAUAUUAUUGAUAACUGGUCACAAUGGAGGGUACCGUAAUAUAAAACAUCAAAAAUAAUGCGGCAAGUCAGGCUUACUUAUUACGCGGCAAAGAAAUAUUACACGGCAUGUAAUAUGCGCCACUGUCUUGACUCAUUGAGUCACUUUUUGAGGGAUGAGCCGCACACUUGAAAGUAACGGCCAUUCCAACAUUACAGCGUCUCAAGGUAGAAUCACUGUUAUACCUGUAGCCCUAAUAUCUGAUGAGUUUGCCUGACGCGUUUAGAUGCGCCGUUGCCUUGAAAAUGACUAUUGUUACUCUGGGAUUGGAAUCUUAUCUGACAAAGGCUGAAACGGCCCUUUAUUAGGUCAUCAGAGACUAUCUAAAGACAAUAAGAGAACCGAAGGCGACGAAAUAUUCAGGUUCGGUCAUUUAAACAAACAAAUAGUUGAUUAUGUUUAUGUUAAUUUUGUCGUGACUCUAAAAUUGUUGAUCAGGACACCAAUUUAUACCAAAUCAAGUUGUAAAUAGAAUGAUCUCAUUAAACAUUCCAGAUACAAACGACAAUGUAUUUUUCCUUUUUCUUUUUUUUGCAUUAAAAUGUUACCUUAUACAAACCACUGUCGUGCAAAUAUAUUGUUAAAAUAUAUGCUUCUUUUUCUCUUCUUUUUCUUUACUUUCUCCCUUUUUUUUUGACAAUUCCACGGGAUAAUCCAAUAAUCACCUUAUAUUUUUUUCCACUCGAUCUGCUAAUGUUGAUGAAAUAGGAAAUUGUCGAUAAUAAUUCUUUCCAACGCAAUUCUAAAUUGAAUGACAACCUAGCGAAAAUAAUCUCGAAACCAUCUUACAGACAUCAAAGCAUUGCAGUAAAGUUGGAAAGUUUUUGUUAUUCUGAAGUUAUGUCAAUAC